GUCCAAUCCAGGUUUUCUAGUGGAUGUGAAAGACUGGGGGCUCUCUGGGAAAAGGAACUAGGCAGUGGUGACUCUGCCUGCAUGUGACUUGAGACAUUUACAAGCAUGUUAUCUUGGGCACAAGGCCAGUUGAUUUCAGGGGCAUUAAUUCCCAGUUUGCGUGACCUUUUCUAAAGAUUCCGGUUCCAGGCAGAGAGCGCCCACCAUGACACCUGGAAAGGAACGGGAAGCAUUAUAUGAAGAUGCUUCUGGGGAGGCUGUUACCACAGUUUACAGCAAUGCAGCAUCACCGCAGGUUUCAGACUCUCCAGAUGAAUUCACUACCUACUUUGAUCAGAAAAUCCCUAUCCCUGAAGAUGAAAAGCAUCCCUGGUUCAGUUUUCGAAAACUCUGGGCCUUCACUGGGCCAGGCUUUCUCAUGAGUAUCGCCUACCUGGAUCCAGGCAACAUUGAAUCAGAUCUGCAGUCCGGUGCUAUUGCAGGGUUUAAGCUGCUGUGGGUUCUCCUGCUGGCCACUGUCAUUGGUUUGCUCUUACAGCGUUUGGCAGCAAGACUAGGGGUGGUAACGGGACUUCAUCUGGCAGAAGUAUGCAACCGGCAGUACCCAAAGGUCCCACGAAUUAUCUUAUGGCUGAUGGUGGAACUGGCUAUCAUUGGGUCCGAUAUGCAAGAAGUUAUUGGUUCAGCCAUUGCUAUUCACCUCCUGUCUGCUGGGAAGGUCCCUCUGUGGGGUGGGGUUCUCAUAACCAUUGCUGACACGUUCAUGUUUCUCUUCCUGGACAAAUAUGGCUUGAGAAAACUGGAGGCAUUUUUCGGCUUCCUGAUUACUGUUAUGGCCAUUAUGUUUGGAUACGAGUAUGGUACAGUAAAACCAAACCAGGCUGAGCUGCUAAAAGGGAUGUUUGUGCCGUACUGCGAUAAAUGUGGCCCUCCUCAGCUGGAACAAGCUGUGGGGAUCGUGGGUGCUGUCAUCAUGCCCCACAACAUGUACCUGCAUUCUGCUUUGGUUAAGUCUCGGCAGAUUGAUCGGUCCAACAAGAAAGAAGUUAGCGAGGCGAACAAAUAUUUCUUCAUAGAGUCCUGUGUUGCCCUCUUUGUCUCCUUUAUCAUCAAUGUCUUUGUUGUCUCGGUCUUUGCAGAAGCUUUCUUUGGUCAAACCAAUGCGGAAGUGCACAACGUGUGUGCAAAUACCAGUAUUGAGCAUGCUGGACUGUUUCCGUUGAACAAUGAUUCCCUGGAUGUAGAUAUCUAUAAAGGGGGUGUCGUUCUCGGGUGUUAUUUUGGUCCUGCUGCUCUCUACAUCUGGGCUAUUGGGAUCCUUGCAGCAGGACAGAGCUCAACAAUGACUGGGACCUAUUCUGGACAGUUUGUCAUGGAGGGGUUCCUGAAUCUGAAGUGGUCACGUUUUGCUCGGGUGGUUCUGACCCGGUCUAUUGCCAUCACCCCAACCCUCCUGGUUGCCAUUUUCCAAGAUGUGGAACAUCUGACUGGCAUGAACGAUUUCCUAAAUGUCCUGAUGAGUUUACAGCUUCCCUUUGCUUUAAUUCCAGUCCUCACCUUUACCAGUCUGCGUCCUGUGAUGAAUGACUUUGCCAAUGGGCUGGGCUGGAAGAUUGCCGGGGGGAUUCUCAUCAUUAUAAUAAUUUCCAUUAACAUGUACUUUGUGGUGAUCUACGUCACCGCUCUGGGGCAGAUGGUAUUGUAUGUCGUUGCCUCAAUUAUCAGCAUUGUGUAUCUAGCCUUUGUGGCAUACUUGAGUUGGCAGUGUUUAAUUGCUCUUGGGGUCUCCUUCCUAGCCUGUGGGCACACGUAUCAUCUGGGACUCACUGCUCACCCUGAACUCUUCCUUCUCAACAAUAUCGAUGCUGACCCAGUCAUCAGUAGAUGAAUCCCUCUGAAUUGCAGUAGUAAGAACAUAGUGUUUUGUUUUUCAAAGAAGUCCUUCAAUGCUGCACAGAACCAAGUUUUAAUUGGUUCAGAAGGGAACAUGUAUUUUCAAGGACUAUGAAGGGACUUGGAACUUUUCUUUGAUGAGAGGAAUAGAAAAUGUACAAAGGGGAUUGCAAAGUUUCUGGAUAGUGUACUGGAUAGUGUACUUUCUUAGAGUUGCACCCAAGUUUAAUUGGGAAGACUGUUAAUGGAUUUCUGAUGUUGUAUACACAAAGUAUAUGAUGCAUCACAAGAGGGUAGGAUGACACAUGAUGCCAGCAGACCCAUGUCUUUAAAUGUAGCCUGGAAAGGGUGAGGGAGGGGGGGGACAGAUGGAAGCAGAAAAAUGAUAGGCUGGAGGAAAGUGUUGAACCCUUCCUCUAUUCUAUCUUCCCUACCCCCACCCAGUUGUUUUCUUCCCACUGGGCUUAUUUCCAAUCUCAGACCCUGUCUGUAACCAGUAGAGGUUGAAAGGGGAGAGAGGUGAACCCAAAGAAGGUUCUGCAUUCUCUUUCUGCUUUUCCAUUUAAAGUUCCCACUUGCUCUACAAGUGUUUAGAGGCAUUCCUACAUUUGAAGACACGGCUUGGCUACCAUCUCAUGUUCUUCCAGCCUAAGACUAUACCUUGGUUUUAGAUACAAGGUUUUGAAUUUUUAUCUUUUUUUAAUGUAACUUAUUUGGGGUACUUAAAUGUUUCUCUUUGAAGCUGCUGAUAACUGGGCUUCUGCUUAAUACAGACUGUUACCUGUAUGUCUAAGGUAGAAAUGGUUGGACAAUUCAUUCCACCCCCAGAUUUCUGGAACUCAUCCAGAAAUGGAGACUGUUCUAUUGAUAUUUGAUUAUUAUUUUAUAAAAAGUAUCCUAUGGAAGGAAAUCUGUUUGUACAAAAGAAAAUUCAGAUACAUAAAGUCAUCUUGGGGAGAGACCCUAAUGUACACAAUCCAUCAGGAACAAUUUCUACACGAGACCCAUUGAGAUGACCACAAGUUGCACAAGAGCACAAGUGCAGGUCUUUAAGACUGCUUCCACGUUGCAGCAAUUUGCUGUGUAGCUGUUGUCACUGCUGUGAAUGCAGAGGCAUUUGCUGCAGCAACCGUGUCCACAGAGAAAGUAUGGUGAACUUACCUGGCUUUGGCCAACCAUGGUUGCCAUUCUGUCCCCUCUCAUGUCACCGGAAGGCUAUUAGGGGUUUUUGUUUAAAAGUCAGUAAUUGCUACAUUGGUAUAGCAUUAUAAGUAUAUUUUGCUUUGGUUUUCUAGUUUCUCCAGUCAAUUUUGUUACAGAGACCUUUCCCCUUAUACUUUUGCAAUGAAAAAAACUAGAUACUGAUCCCAAAGGAUUAAAGAAAAAACCCUAGGAAUUCAGAUGAACCAGUAACUGUGGCAAUAAAUUGUUAGACCAUAACACUCUAGCAAUUACUGAUUCUUUUUUAAAAAGCCCAUGGCUUGCAUCAAAUGUUUCUUCAUUUAUUUUCAAUGCAAGUUGAAGUUUGCUACAAAUCUAACCCCGUACUAAUGCGUUGUCUUGUGUGCUGUUCAUCAACAGUUUUCUUUCAAAAUUAACUGUACCAUCCUUAGCCAUUGACUUAACUCUGCUCGAGAUGGCACUUUCUAUCAUUCUAGUUUUUUCCUUCCUAACUGAGCUGCGUGUGUUCCAGGUUCCCACAAAACUGCAUGAGAAAGUACACAACAAUAGGACCAAAGAGAAGGCUUAGCCAGAUAUUUGUAUUUUAAGAACAUACCUACACGACACAUUUCAGAUAGUUUAAGGCCAGAUUAACAUCCAUAGCCUGCCCCAAAUAACAAUGAGACAGUGUCGCUUUGAGACGAUGCUGAUGUUUUUUUGGUUUUGUUUAUUGGAGAUCUCUAAAUACAUCCAGAGAACUACCAUAUCUGGCAACUUCUGAAAUAUGAAUAGGGUUUUUCUUAAAACAACUGCCAUUUAAUGCAACAACCAGUGAAUUUAAAAAAUCCACAAGUCCUGAUACCUGAAUCCAAAAUACAGGUACUUGGAAAUCAUUGAUUGCAGAGGUGUUCAUUCCCAAUAGUAACAAUAAUUUAGGAUACCAGCAUUUUCUGUUCAUUCUGAAUAUUCAAUAUUUCAAUGUUUGAACUUGGAACUGAUUGCCAAAUAGACAUAGGGUGAAAACAGAUUAAUCCCAAAUGAAUCUUCUAAAAGCUGUCUUUGAAAAGUGCUGCUUGAAUGUUAAUAUGCUUAGCCACUGAUCGAUCACCUUACCUUCUUUUUUAAUAGAAACAACUUCAAAAUUGCAAAACUGCUCUGGGAAUAGGUGGUGGGAGCUUUCUUGGUGGCAUCGGGGGGGGGGGGAGGUGGCAAACAGCACCAAACACAGCGGGCUUCUGCUUCCGUCUUGCAGAGCCUUGUCUUUUUCAGCACUUCAACCUGGAGAGGAAUUGUUACAUUUGAACUGACCUAAAUGUGGCAAAGGUGCUUCCAGAGGAGCUCCACAGUUAUAAAAGCUUUACUUUUGUCUUCACCCCAAUGUGAACUAAGCAUGUGAAAUUCUGCUGCCAAUAUAUACGGCACAAUUGCCCUUUGGUGGUCAGAUGGGUUUAAAAUAAUAUAUUUGUAAUCUGUGUUCUGUUACAAAUACAAUUCUCCCUUAUAUUUUUGUGAUUUUUUUUGUAAAAAAUGGCACUAAUUUAUUUUAAAUGUACUAUUUGAUUUUGUUUCAAUAAAGGUUCAGGUUUUCAAAUAAACAUUUCAGCUUUCUAACCUCUAA